CAUUCAAUAAAUCAUCAUCAUCCAUUCAAGUUACCGUGUUAAAUAGUGCUACCAAUUUUUGUAUGACUGCAAUCCUUGGAAAAGUUAUAUUUGGUGAAGCAUUGGCACUUCAGUGGUGGUUUGGCGCGGGGUUUAUAGUGCUUGGAACAGUUUUAGUGAAUAGAUCUA